AAGAUUCGAAAUUGGAAAAGUCGUCUCAAGUUGUCAUUUCUGCUACCCAUGCAGACGACUUUUAUACUCUCUCUCUCUGGAUUCUGCUCAUGGAUCUGGUAGAAUGUAGAACGGUAGAAGUUGAGACAAUCUAAUACAGUUCAGAAGCCCCACAAGUCGUUUUCGCUUGAAAUGAGUUGAUCUCAAUUCUCAAGUACGUUCGUUUGAGAUUAUUGAGAAUUUCACCUGGGUGAGUUUUCUGGUUGAUGCUCGUUUACUGGAUUGAAAAUGAAGAGGACAAAUUUUUUGUUUCCUUCCUGCUGUAAAAAUUGAAAAACAAAUGAACAUUUUAAUUUAACCCAUCAUCCAGUGCCCUUUUAUCAUAGUUGAACGGCAAGAACUCUAUACACGUAAACAAUGAUUAGCAACUCUGUGUUUGAACAAAAAUAAAGAAAUGUUUAUAAAAAAAUAAUAAUAAUUAACAAUGAUUUCGUACCAUAGCGAGACCCAACAAACACAAGAAACGGGUCCUUCACAGCAAUUAAAUCGAAAAUGAAAACGAUAUACUUGUUGGGUUGUAGUAAUUUUCACAUUUGGAAAUGUCGUCGUCGUACAAUUUUCUUCGUGUUUGGGGUCUUCGCGUUUCGCUGUUUCACUAUUCCUGCUGAAUUCGAGAGAAACGGGAUUUUUUUGAGUGUCUGUGUGAUUGUUAGUCAGCCUCCCUCUCCGAAGAGGUGUUCGUGGGUGUUCUUCGGUGGCUUUGACCUUUGAGAGAACUUCUAUGUAGUAGUGGAGAAAUGGAGAUUCUGGAAACAGAGGAACAACUUGCAUUGCCGCCUCCUUCAUCCUUAACUGUUGCUGUGGCUGUUAGUGGAAGUAAAAAAAGCAGAUUGGUGCUUAGAUGGGCAUUGGAUAAGUUCAUUUCUGAGGGGGCAACAUUAUUCAAGUUGUUGCAUGUCCGUUCUGUGAUUACUAAAGUGCCUACACCAAUGGGGAAUUCCAUUCCUAUCUCACAAGUGCGAGAUGACGUAGCUGCUGCAUAUAGGAAGGAAGUGGAGUGGAAUGCAAAUAACAUGCUUCUUCCAUUCAAGAAAAUGUGUUCUCAGAGAAAGGUGCAAGUAGAUGUUGUGAUGGUUGAAGCGGAUGAUGUAGCAAAGGCGAUAUCAGGAGAAGUUGCUAACCUCACAAUAAAGAAGCUUGUUAUAGGAGCUUCAUCCCAUGGCAUGUUUACAAGGAAGUCUAAGGCCCAUAUUUUAUCAACAAGAAUCUCAGAAUGCACUCCAAGCUUUUGUACAGUCUAUGUUGUUUCAAAAGGGAAGUUUUCAUCUGUGCGCCCAUCGACAUCAGAGACAAAUGUGAGCAUGAAACCUGAAAGUAGUGAGACAAGUAGUUCCACAUAUAGUUGCUCAAGUUAUGCUUCCAGCUUUAAAUCAGAAACUGGCUCAGCUGCUUCAUACUCAAAUUUCAAUUCUCCUUCUCUGUGCGUUCAGAGGUUUCAAGCUCUUUCAACCAUAAACCAGACCUUCUUUGAUGCAAAACCAGAUCCAACUGACAGCAUCCAUUCUAGAGGUACAUCUAUUGAUAUCAAAGAUAGGGAGGAUGCUCUUAGUUCCUACUCCAGAAAUACAGAUAUUCAGUAUGGCAGAAGCAGGAGUUCCGGGACAGAUCUCCAGUCAUGGAAUUCUAAUGGAGCAUCUACCUCAGAUGUCCAAACAGAUUCUUCUCUACCACAGAGCCAGGUUGAUAUUAAUUUUGAGCUAGAAAGGCUGAGAAUUGAACUCAGACAUGCACGAGGAAUGUAUGCAAUGGCUCAAAAUGAGACUAUAGAUACCUCCCAGAAAUUAAAAGCUCUAAGUAACCGACGGAUGGAGGAAGCAAAUAAGCUCAAGGAGGUGACUUCAAAGGAGGAGGAAGCUAUGGAAUUAGCAAAACAAGAGAAGGAGAAACAUGAAGCUGCAAAGAAGCAAACUGAAUUCUUAAGAGAAUGUGCUGAAAGAGAAUCUUUACAAAGAAAAGAACUGGAGGCUAAAGCCAAUCGUGAAGCCAGAGAGAAACAAAAUCUUCAGAAGGUACUUGUGGGUCCUGAUGAGCAAUACAAGAAGUUCACAUGGGAGGACAUCUUGUCAGCUACCUCAUCAUUUUCCGAGAAUCUUAAGAUUGGAAUGGGAGCAUAUGGGACUGUUUAUAAGUGUAAUUUGCAUCACACGACAGCAGCAGUAAAAGUCCUGCAUUCUAAAGAGAACCACAGGACCAAACAAUUCCAACGGGAGCUUGAAAUCUUAAGCACAAUCCAUCAUCCACACUUGCUGCUGCUUCUUGGUGCCUGUCCUAAUCAUGGUUGCCUAGUUUAUGAGUACAUGGAGAAUGGUAGUCUGGAGGAGAGGCUGUUUUGUAAAGAUAAUACACCACCGAUCCCAUGGUUUGAGCGGUACCGGAUAGCAUGGGAAAUAGCAUCGGCCCUGGCUUUCCUACAUAGUUCAAAACCAAAACCAAUUGUCCAUCGUGAUCUGAAACCUGCAAACAUCUUGCUAGACAAUAAUUAUGUGAGCAAGAUUGGUGAUGUAGGACUUUGUACAUUGAUUCCUUCAGCCAACUCUUCAAUAUCUACCAUAUGCAAGAGCACAGGUCCUGUUGGGACACUUUGCUACAUUGAUCCUGAGUAUCAAAGAACAGGGUUGGUCUCACCUAAAUCUGAUGUUUAUGCAUUUGGAAUGGUGAUCCUGCAGUUGCUGACAGCAAAACCUCCUAUAGCUCUCACCCACAUAGUGGAAACAGCAUUAGGCAAUGGUCACUUGAUUGAUAUUUUAGAUCCUGAGGCUGGAAAGUGGCCAAUUGAAGAGACACAACAAUUAGCUAUUUUGGGACUAAGCUGCACAGAACUAAGGCGUAGUGAUAGACCUGAUUUGAAGACUCAAGUUCUUCCAGUUCUGGAGACCUUGAAAAGGACUGCUGAUAGGGCAAGAGAUUUGAGACCUGGUGUUCAACCAUCUCCUCCAAAUCACUUCAUCUGCCCAAUACUUAAAGAUGUGAUGGAUGACCCUUAUGUUGCUGCAGAUGGAUACACAUAUGAUCGCAAAGCAAUAGAGAUAUGGCUUGCUAAGAAUGAUAAAUCGCCAAUGACAAAUUUGCCCUUGCCUAAUAAAAACCUCAUACCAAAUUAUACUCUUCUUUCUGCAAUUAUUGAGUGGAAAUCGACUAAACAAUGACAUUCACCUUUCCACUCACUGUCUCAGUGAUGGUCUAUGAAGUUUAUUCAUUUGAAGAGUCAUUGUCUAAUCUCAAAUAGAACUGUCAAGGCUCCACACCAAAUGACUCUGCUCAUAAGUCAUAAGUUCUUUGGUAAUAUGUUGAGAUUGUUGAUCUUUACUUGAACAGGGACCUCGCCUUCUUUAAAAAAAAUUGAAAGUUAAAUUUGAAUAGGGUGUAGAAAAUACAUAUACAUAACCAAUGGGCAUGUCCAUAUAAAACUAGACUAUCCUAGACCAUCCUCUGAGUUAAGAACCAAAAUUGAGGGGUUAAACUAGAGAAAGGACAUCCAUUACAUUUAAAUCCUGGACAGGUCUGUAGUCUUCUAUGAAUUGUCCUUGUGGCAAUGACUAAUUUCUGUUUGUGGGAUUGAAGAGAAUCUGUAAGCUUGAGUUGUUGGUGUGCAGGGAACACAAUGUGAAUUCUAUUAUCUAACAUGUCUGAUGAAUUUGGAGAUUCUUUUUCUUCUCCAUACAAUCACUUGCAUAAUUAAAACCUUUUCUUUAGAA